GCUGCUUCAACUACGCAGCCCCCACAGAGCAAGUGGAGGCCUUGGUGGAGCAGGCCUUCCGGAUUUGCCGCUACGACGCCCACUGCGCCACGAGGGAGCUGCAAAAAGACAAACGAGCUGGUGCGGAGGCCUGGCGGCAGCGGGCGGAGGUCGAGGAGCUCCUGAGCUGGUGGUGCCGCCGUGCCUGGGAGGACCGGAGGACCAAGGAAGCGGCCGAGGCCGUGAGAAAAGCGGCUGAGAAGCUGGAAAGAGCCCAGGCGCUCUCCUCCUUCUGCCGUUUUCAGGCCACGGCCAGGAAGGCGGCACGCCAGGCCUGUCAAAUCUCGGGGGGCCAGCAGGACCUGCUCCGUGACUGGCAGCGCUGCCGCCAGAGCCGCUCGAGGCCCAACGAGACCGCCCGACGCCUUCACGAAGCCAGGGGCGAAAGGGGCGAGAGGGCUUUGGACCCCUUUGGGAAUCUGGCCCGCGAAGACUGCUGCGGGGAUCCACGGUGCUUGGCCUCUCUAUGGGACUUCCAGAAUCUGCAAAGACGCAAGGACUAUGAUGAAGCUUCGACGCUGCUGCAGUCUGCCCGGGCAGACAGCCCAGGAG